AUGGGUCCUAAAGAAUUUCCUGAAAUCAUAUCAAAUGGUGAUUUUGACUUGGGAUAUAAUGGCGUUGUCAUAUCAUUAAAUUAUUUCAGCGGAUUACCCGAUCCGUCAGCCAUCCUGGAUCCAAACAUUGGGAUUAUAUUCAAGUCAUUGCUAAAAAAAGACUCAAUUACAAAAGAGAAAUGGCUUGGAGAAUUUACGCAGAAACUCCUGAAUGAGAGUGAAGUCACAAAUGAUGAAAAUGUCUUAUUGUCGUGGAUUCAGAUGUAUCCGAAGCUUGCAAUUGAUGAAUCAAGAAAUGUGAGAGCUUUAGCGCACCAAGUUCAAGCAUUGUUGCUUAUAAGCGUAGGAGGCAAAGAUUUCAGCAAAUAUUUAAAGAGCUGUCUUCCAAUAUGGCUUCAAGGGCAGUACGAUAGUGACAAGCUAGUUGCUUCAGCUUGUCGGAAAGCUUUGUUACUGUGUUUUCAAGAUAGUCAAGAGAAAGUAGACUUAAAAAUCUGGGUUGUUUUCUACGAACAAAUAGUCAAAUACAUUGUUGCUACUAUUUGCUUCGAAACUCCGGAAUCUUUAUCAGAUAAGCGCUAUGUUUCGAGCUCAGAUUUGGUAUCAAAGUACCAAAGAGUGUUGAAUGGUAGUAUUCAAAUGCUUAUAAAACUUAUUGGCUUAAUAAAUAAUGGAGAGAUUCAAAUUAAAAGUGGGGAUACUAAUAUAAAACUUCUUGAAGCAUCCCUAUUUACAGAUAGCUUGUGGGAUUAUCUUGGCACUUCAUUAGAUAAAGACAAUUUGAACCUUGCAUUCUUCAAAACCUUCAUGACACUUUUGAAGUGUAUUUUUUCAGAUCACAACCAGCAAGCUACAAUAUUCAUAAAUAAUUUGACAGAUCCUUAUGGUGUUUAUAAACUAAUAGGGAAGAAAUUUAUAAAGAACGUUAAACUAAAGUCAAACUUAAAGGCACCUGCAAAUGAUUUGAUAUAUGCUCCUAUAAUACUACCACUCUGGGAGACUUUGAUAGCUUUGACAAGAUUUCCCUUGCUAGAAGGAAAGGUAACGGCUAUAAAGAAGAACUUUUGGGUCAUUGGUGGAUCAAAGAGUUUUUCUAGACUCAUAGACUAUCUUCAGCUUGGAAACUGCCGUCUGGGACCACAAUAUUAUAAUACACUUUCUAAUUUUUUCAAAAUAUUUUCCAAGGUACAAUCGAAUGAUGCUAGUGAUGCCAAGAUUAUAUCUUUUGACAGCGGAGAUGAUGCUAAGUAUCUUUUCAAAAAGGUUUUGAUUCCUCAGUUUACAGGGUUGCCGAAUUUCGAGUAUCGUAACUCUGCUUUAAAGUGGUUUUUCGACGUCUAUGAUUUAUUUCUUUCAAAUGAGACUCCAAAGCUAGAUGAUAUUGUACGUCCUUCUCUUCUGAUCCUUUUCGAUACCUUAUCGAAACCUGGAAUACGUCUCAACGAAAUAAAUAAUAAGAAAUCUUCUAUGACUAAUUUUGGAAUAUUUUUACUGAAUCACAAAUCAUUGGAAGAAUCGUUUUUUAAGAAAAUGGAUGGUCAAAUUAUAACUUUCGUGUUUGCGGAAGAUGGGACACUGUUUCAUGACGAGAAUCUCACUUUUAAAUCACCAAUACUUGACAUUUUAGAGUCUUAUAUUAUGUUGAUAACUAGUACUAAAGAAGCUGAAGCCGUAUCGUUCGCAAAGACAAUAUUGGAAAAAGCUUCAGAAGAGUUCGUACCAGAGGAUGCCACUACGUUGUUUCAAUUAAUUUUACUAUUUCUUAACUAUAUGAAGUUGGAGAAGGACGACAUUGAACCGUUCAUGGAAACUGUUCCCUCAUAUAUUGAGCCAAAUUUUGUACAGCUACCUUUGGACCUUUUAAAACGAGCUCUAGAGCUAGAUCUUGUAAAAGAUGCAAACGUUUCACCUCUUAUCAAUGACUACUUUUUCAAGCUAUCUUCUAUUGGAGAAUCCCAAGCUCUAAAGCUUCUUCCUUGCUUGAAAGGUAAAAUCGAUAUUAGUGAGCAUAAUUAUGGUAUGGUCUAUAAUUUAUUAAAGGAAAUAUCUAACAAAAAGCAAUUGAAGCAAGAAGAGUUGGAUGCUGUGUUAAAAUUUGGACAUUCGCAUGAGAUAUUGAGGAACUUAUUAAGUAACGCUACUCAAGAUGAAUCUCUGGCAUUGUCUUUUAUCAAAAAUGUAACUAUAAAUAAUGUUCGAGUUUACGACGAUAGUCUUGACGGUUCAUUCAGAGCUUUAUUACCAACAAUAUGGCGGAAUAUUAAAGAUGAGUACUGUCAAAGAUUUUUAGAUCUUCAAGGCGUCUCUAGUAACUUGAUAAAAGAUAGCCUUUUCGAUUAUGUUUCUGAAUGUUCUAUUAAAACAAACUUUGAUUCAUUAGUUACUUUUUUAAAUGACGAUGACAUUCCUUUCGCUGAAAUCCAAGAACGGGCACAGAAUGCCUUUCAUCACAUAAACGCUAAUUUGUUGGUGAUGGGAAACCCUUUGGAGCAUAACUUGUAUUUGUCUAAUUUUGAAUCUUCGGAUUUAUUGGAUCCAAAAAUAAUUGUUUUUGGUAAAUUUUUAUCUUCGAUAGAAAAAGUGCAAGGUGACUCUUCUUUUAAAGCAAAUUAUAGCAUUUUGUGCGCUAUGAUUGGUGAAUAUAUAUCAGACUUCUUGUUUUUGGAAUAUUCGAAGGAUAUUGGAGAAGGAUCGAAUAGGGAAGAUGAGACGAUGGCCAUAAGAGAUUGUUUAAUCUCAAGGUUUAUGAUAAUUUAUGAUGAAAUUGAGGUUUCCUCCUUGUUGCCAAUAAUAAACGGAAGCCAGACGUCAGAAGUCUCAUUAGGAAUAGAGAUUUUUAAGAUUUUGGAUACCAAAAUUGUUACAAAACAAGAAGAUAACUUCUAUGCUGCGAGAUUGUACAAGUUAGUACUUGAUAACUUGAUUGGAAAAAUUUUUGGGGGGUCGACAGACAUUGAUAUUGAUUUCAAUAAGCUUCUUAGUUGUCCUUUAAAGCUUUCAAUUAUUUCUCAAAGUUUUCCUGGAUUGGCUUCUAAUCCGAAACUCGAUAGAAUCAAAAAUUAUGUCUUUGCUGAGAUCCUUGGAACAAGAACUGAUAGCCAAAUUCUUGAAAAGGGUACCGAAUACUUGGCUCUUGGAAUUAACUUUGUUGAUCUUCAUAAGCUGAUUUCUUUUGUUCCUCAGCAUAGACUUGCCAUGGUCUUAAAUCAGAUAUCUGGCUGGUUGGAAUCCAGUGUCUCAUAUGACGAGCCAUUUAUAGUAAUCAGGACUUUAUUAGCAAAAUUUUUAGGCACGAUACUUUCAGGAUCUGAUAUUCCUUCAGAUAAAGCGAUAGAACUCUCUAUCAAACUAGUAAUAGAUAAUUUUAAUGUCACUGAGGUUGAAACAAAGCACCUUGAGUUGCGAUACUUCACUCUUAAAUUGACAAAUUAUCUUAUAAAAUUUUCAACUGAUUCUCCAAUUGAGGCUUUCAUGACUGAUGCCAGCCAAAUAUACGAGUCUCUUUUGAACACUUUUUUCAAUCGUGAUUGUUUAGCGCAAGAUUCGAAAGCUUUGAAUCAGCCCGUAUUCCUUGUUUACGAUAUGUUCAGAAGAAUUUUCAGCUAUAUAAAAACUUUCGAAGUUGGCUUCCAGUUAAGGAAGAAUGAGUUAUAUCAACUACUAGAAACCGGUAAUUGCAUUUUGUUGCAGAGAAUUGCGGCGAUGAUUCUUCAUGAGUUGAUACAGCAUGAUCAACAAGAGCUUGCUAUUGAAUAUCAGUUGCAGAAAUCAAAGUUAGACAAGGCUGAGGAAGAGGAAGAAGUUGAAAAUAAUAAAGCAAGAUUACUGGAUACUUUGAUCGGCAUGAUACAUGAUGGUAUCGAUGAUAUAGAAAUUGAUUCCUAUCAAGCGGUAGCUAAAUAUGUAUGGGGCUGGUAUUUAAUUUUUGAUCACUUUCAUGACAUUACCUACUCAAUGCGUAAUGAAUAUGUGAAUCAAUUGAAAAACAACGGACUUGUCAAUGACUUGUUAACAACUAUAUUUGCUGAGACAGAUAUCACGAAUAAGACGUUUUUGAACAAACUUAUUAUGAAAGAUGAAUCAGAAAAAGACGUUAAUUUGAAUAAAAUACAGUAUUAUGAUAUAAAAGAAGGUUUUCCAGGAGAUGGGUUUUCUUUUGAAUCUAAUUUCCUUCUAGUCCAUUUAUAUUACUUGUCAUUUGAAUUUUUGGGAUCUUGUGUUCAAGAAUGGUACAAAGGUAUUCGUGAUCUUCAGUUGAAACAAAGAGUAGAGAAAUUUUCGAUCAAGUAUGUGUCACCUAUCAUAAUAACAAAGCUUUUAGAAGAUGUUGCGACUUCGAAAGAGAAGUUACUAGGGAAGGAUGAAAAUUUAAAGCUAAAAAUUAACCCCAUAUCAAAUGAAGUGAGAUCUGUUUAUGUUAUAGAUGAGCAAACGAUGGAAAUGGUUAUAAAAAUUCCCUCGUCGUAUCCUUUGCUCAGUGUCACAGUAGAGGGUCCAUUGAGAUUAGGUGUCAAAGAAAAUCAAUGGAAAGCUUGGCUACUUGCAUCUCAGAAAAUUAUAUCUUUGACCAACGGUUCGAUUAUGGAAGCGAUUGAAUUGUUUAAUAGAAACGUGAAUUAUCACUUUUCGGGCUUCGAGGAAUGUGCAAUCUGUUACUCUAUUUUGCACCAGGAUCACUCUCUACCAUCCAAAACCUGUCCAACUUGCCAGAACAAAUUCCAUGCGGCAUGCCUUUACAAAUGGUUUAAGAGUUCUGGAAGUAGCACUUGUCCACUUUGUCGUUCAGAAUUUAACUUUAGAGCCUCUCGAUAA